GACCAGAUCAUUCCUGCAUACGAUUUACACCUCAAUUGCCAUGCUUAACCUGAUUCCCCCUGUUUCCCGACUCGUGUUUCAAGAUCUUCAUCUCAUCGAUAAGACAACGCGCUGCGUGCGUGGGUUGACUAAUGGUUAGUGGCCUUUUAAAGUCAAUUCAACGAAGUGCUUCUCGUUGCGCAGGAUACUGGGAAAAUUCCACCCUUCUUCUCUCAGCUUCUUUCAGCAGCAUACACCUUCAUACACUUACACAAUGUCAAGCGACCAAGCGCGGAUGAACACUACCAGUGUGUUGAGGAAAUCGCUUAUUGGGGAACCUCUUAACACCCAAUUCUACCUGUUCUCCACUCGUUCAAAGCCCGAUGGCAAUGUUACCAAGCUUCAACCACUGUUUGCCUACCACGAAGCCCUCACUGCGAGCUCAGGGUAUUUUGGUGAUUUACUUUCCGAAGAAGAAACGCCAAAUGAUCCUAACUGGUUCGAAUUCCAAGAUCAGCAUCAUGAAAAGUUCGCACUUCGCGCAACCAUCUCUGCGGAACAAAUGCCUCGAACACCAUCGAUCAAGGAUUCCAAUACCCAAGAAAUGCAACAUGGCACUAUUCCGGGCCGCAGAGUAUUGGUAACAGAUACUGCAUUUAAGACAUGGCAGGUUUUGUUGUACUAUUUGUACACCGAUGAGAUCACUUUCGCACCUUUGCGAUCACAAGCAAGUCCGACAACGAAAAAUUCAAGCCUUAAUGAGCCCCCAUUAUGCUCGCCGAAGUCCAUGUAUCGCCUGGCAUGUAAAAUAAAGCAUGAUGGAUUGCAGAUCAAAGCGCUUGCUGCGAUACGAUCUAGUCUGACUGAACACAAUGUCCUACAAGAACUCUCUUCGUCUCUGACAUCUAGGUUUCCUGCCAUUCUCGAGAUGGAAGUCGAGAUUUUGUUCCAGCAUAUCACUACUCCCACUGUCACGAAAGACUUUCCGAUACUUAUUCGAAGGAUCGUUGGCGCUAGCAGUACCGACUUUCCUCAUGGGGCUGAAAUCUUGACCAAACUCCAUGAAAAAAUGUCAAGUCAACUCCCCCGGGGGCGGAGAAAAACA